CUGCGCCAGAUGUCUCAGUGUCAGUCCCAACUGCCCUCCCUCCUCGGGGUGUGUCCGGGCGGUUCUGGAGGCACCUGGAUGGGACGGGCCCAGGGAAUGAGCGGGGAUGCGGCGGCUCCAGCUCCUCAAAGACAAAAACUCGCCGCGGCCGGAACCGACACUCACUCGGCCGAGUCUCAAAAGACCGACACCCGGAGAGUCGCUGCGGAGGGAACUGACACCCGGAGAGUCGCUGCGGAGGGAACUGACACCCGGUGGUCCGAAUCGCCCGGGCAUGGCACAGGGAGAACCCGGGGGCUUUUCGGGACAGGUCCCACAGGUGACUCAUAAAAAGCCCGAAGAGAAGAACCCAGGUGACCCCCAGUGGCCGGAGAUAAAGCCCGGUGACCCUAAAGUUGGUGAAAUGUCCUGUGAGCCAAUAGCGGGUGAGUUGAAGCCGGGGGACCCACUGGCAGAGGCGCUGUACGGGCUGGGGCGGCCGCUGUUCCUGGCGCUGCUCUAUCUGUUCCCCGUGUACCUGUGCGGGCGGCUCGGGCUCAGUAUCACGUGGCUCCUGUUUGGAAUUUUUCUCUGGAUGUUCUGGAAACGGAACAAGAAAUUCAAAUUGGCCCGAAUUCGGGCGGCCUGGGACCUGCAUGAGAAUGAGAAGCUCGGGGUGACCCGUGGGCUGAACCCUCAGCAACUCCCGGUCUGGGUGAAUUUUCCUGACGUGGAACGAGUCGAGUGGCUUAAUAAGGUAGUGGGACAGAUGUGGCCCUACAUUGGGAUGUACAUGGAAAAAAUGUUCCAAGAUAAGAUAGAACCUCUUGUGCGGUCAACCAGUUUCCACCUCAAGGCCUUCACCUUCACCAAGGUCCACUUUGGAGAAAAGUUCCCUAGAAUUAAUGGGGUGAAGGCCUACACCAAAAAUGUGGACAAGAGGGAGGUGAUCUUGGAUCUGCAGCUCAGUUACAAUGGAGACUGUGAGAUCAAUGUGGAGGUGAAGAAGAUGUGCAAGGCUGGCGUGAAGGGGGUCCAGCUGCAUGGGACCCUGCGCGUCAUUCUUGCCCCAUUGCUGCCUGAUCUGCCUUUUGUUGGAGCAGUGACCAUGUUCUUCAUCCAGAGACCUCACCUGGAUAUUAACUGGACUGGACUCACCAAUGUACUGGAAAUUCCAGGAGUUAGUGACUUUUCGGACACUAGGAUUCUUGACAUCAUCGCCUCCCACCUGGUUCUGCCCAACAGAUUCACCAUCCCACUGAGUAGCCAAGUCCAGACGGCCCAACUGCGCUUCCCAGUGCCCCAUGGAGUGUUGCGACUUCAUCUCAUCGAAGCGGAAAACCUGAUCCCAAAAGACAAUUACCUGAAGGGAAUCAUUAGGGGCAAGUCGGACCCCUAUGCUGUCCUGCGCAUUGGCAACCAGACCUUCAAGAGCAAAACCAUUAAAGAGAAUCUCAACCCAAAAUGGGGGGAGAUGUAUGAGUUUGUGGUGCAUGAGGUGCCCGGACAGGACCUCGAGGUGGACCUAUACGAUGAAGACCCAGACAAGGAUGACUUUUUGGGCAGCCUGGUCAUUGGUCUGGAGGGAAUCAUGAAGGACCGUGUGGCGGAAGAGUGGUUCCCCCUGACUGAUGUGCCCAGCGGGUCGGUGCAUCUGAGGCUCGAGUGGCUUUCGCUUUUGGCCAAGUCAGAAAAACUGUCUGAGGCUAAAGGCGGAUUAUCUACAGCUAUGGUGAUUGUGUAUCUGGAAAGCGCCAGCGAAUUGCCUAGGAACCACUUUGAGUAUUCAAGCAGUGAGUACGCGGCAAGGAAGCAGAGACACCCGACUUACACCAAGACUGAUAAGGACCCCAACAGCUAUGUCCUGAUGUCAGUGGGCAAUAAAAGCAUCAAAAGCAAGACAUGUAUAGGGAGCACAGAGCCAGUUUGGGGUCAAGCUUUUUCUUUCUUUGUACAAGACAUGCACAUGCAACAUCUCCACCUUGAGGUGAAGGACAAUGCAAGACAGUGUGCCCUGGGGAUGUUGGACGUACCCUUGCACCGGCUGCUCAGCCACGAGGAACUGACAGCAGAUCAGAGAUUCCCACUUACUAACUCUGGACCCAACAGCACCAUCAAGAUGAAAAUCGUCCUGAGAGUCCUACAAAUAGAAGCUCCAGAACCAGAAACUAUUUACACUGGAAUUAACUCCCUCGAACAAGGUCCUGUUUCCAUUAAGGGGGUCCAGCACCAGAAAUCCCAUGGGAAGUCCGACCAGGUCCAGCAGACCCACCAGAACCACACUGUUCAACAAUCCAAAGAGGAAAGCAAGGAGAGCACCAGUACCACCAUCCAGCAAGCUAACACUUCCAGCUCCAACUCAAACCCAGCACUAAACAAGAACUCUGAUAGCACCAGAACAAUCACAGAAUCCCACACUCCCAGUCUAAGGCCUUUGAAAAGAAUUGCACCCAGUCUCCUCUCCCUCAACUCUAUUGCCUCAUCUGUGUACGACCUGAACGAUGAGAAGAGGUGGCCCAACGAGAUGUCUGGAGAGGUUGAGGUCUCUGUGAGGUAUGCUUCCCUGCGGCGCUGCCUUGUCGUCCUUAUCAACACUUGCAGGAACUUGAUCCAGUGCUCAAGUAAUGGGGCCAAUCCAUAUGUCCGGAUCUACCUGCUGCCUGAUAGGAAGUGGUCCAGCCGAAAGAAGACAUCAGUGAAGAGGAAGACUCUGAACCCUCAAUAUAAUGAGAGAUUUGAGUUCCUGGUGUCGCUGGAGGAUGCCAAGAAGCGAAUGCUGGACGUCGCUGUGAAACACAACAGGGGUUUUGGGUCCCACGAGAGAAAGGACAUGGGGAAGGCACUGGUGGAUUUGUCAUGUGAGGAUCUGGUCAAGGGUUUCACCAAAUGGUUUGAACUGACACCCACCGGCCACCCCAGCUCAUGACUGUUCUGCACCGGGAGCAGGCGUUGCACCGCAGGGACCUGACAUACCCUAGUGGUCAUGUACAGAUGUAUAUUUGUAAUUAGUUUCCUCCUAAAUCGAACAGUAUCUAUUAUUUGUGAUUCCAACUCGUUUGGAAUGGGGGAAGGGGCACUUAAUCAUUUUGUUUCUGUACAUUCCUGUAUAUGUUUCUAUGUUUUUGGGGGGAUAAUGAUGCACUAUGCUCUAUCCUGAUAUUUAUCUGUCUCAGGGACAAAAACAGACUUUGCCAUUAACCCGAUUUAUGAUCUGGGAGGCACUUGCUUUGGUGGUGAUAAUUAUUUAUUGCAGAAACAAGAACAUGACACUGUAUAUAUAGAGGAAUCUAAACACUCAGAGAUAUUUAUUUUUAAAUAAAACUCUAACAUAUCUAACACCUCUGCUUGUGCCACUGAUCUACAAACCCUGAGCAGUAAAGUGCACAUGUAAUGAUUGUGCCACAGACAUUGGACAAAGACAAGCACAAGGUCUGCUACAAGAAAUGGUCACACAAGUUCUUUAUUUAUUAAUAAAAAUCAUCAGUAGAAA